GUGACCUGCUCCAUUUGGGGUGACCCUCUUGAAACCUCACUGCAAUCCCAGCCCCAAAGACCACGGGAGGUUGCUCUGUGUAAGAGUUCCCAGGGCUGCAGAUAGCAAGGAGGGGCCCUGACCUCAACCCGGAGCAGGGACAUGGGUACCUAGAGAGGGCGCCAGUGGGCCCAGGGGGCUUUGCUUAGCAUCUGCCCUGUGGGACAGAACCAAGGCUCUUGGGGUAAAUGAAAGAGAAAUCCCCAAGGGCUUCCUGGAGGAGGCUGAUUUCAAAAAGAAUAUUGUAAGUUCCUGACGUGAUGGGGCUGUGGGCAUUGUGCCUCCCUCCUAGGCCUGUGCCUGGUGCUCUGUCACUCCUUAGCAAGGGACGUGUGUUUUUGCCACUCCACAAAGCGCAGCUCAGGCCGGAGACGCCUGUUCACUGGGCAGGUCCAGGCUAGGCUGCUUCACCCAGUCCUAAGGCUGGUGAUGACACCGCCUGUGGGUACGGCCUGCCUUCCUCUGCUCGGUGUCUCACCGGGUGAGGGGUGCCCAGGGGCUCUGCGCCCCACCCGCUAGAGGCCUGGAGUGCUGGCUGGGCACAGUGGUUGCCUUGGCUGCAUUGUGACAUAUGCAACCAUCCCUGGAAAAGCCUCGGCCGCCCGGGCCCCUGAAGGGGAGCAGGCCAGUGGGUGGAUGGAGGGCUCUUGGGGGCCCGCCGUCUGCUAGCCUGCCCGGGGGACGCCCUGAGAGCCCUGGAAUCCUGAGCCCACAAAGCUUCCAGAGGAGCCUCCGGUGUCACAAAGAGGCCCGAGAGGGUCCUGCCCGUGUUCCAGUGACCGCAGAGAGGGACGCAGACAUGUUUAACCCACACGUGCUAGAUUCUCCGGCCGUGAUCGUGGACAAUGGGUCCGGGCUCUGCAAAGCAGGCCUGUCCGGAGAGAUCGGGCCUCGCCACAUCAUCAGCUCCGUCGUCGGGUACCCGAAGUUCAAGACGGCCGCGGAGGGCGCCAACCAGAAGAAGUGCUUUGUGGGGGAGGAGGCCCUGCAUAAGAAGGGGGUGCUGCACCUGCACCACCCCGUGGAGCGCGGCCUGGUCUCCGGCUGGGACAGCAUGGAGCACCUCUGGAGGCACCUGUUCGAGUGGGAGCUGGGAGUGAGGGCCAGCGACCGGCCGGUGCUCAUGACCGAGCCGUCCCUGAACCCCAGGGAGACCCGGGAGAAGAUGGCCGAGGUGAUGUUCGAGAAGUUCCAGGUGCCCGCCUUCUACUUGUCAGACCAGGCGGUGCUGGCCCUCUACGCCUCCGCCUGUGUCACGGGCCUGGUGGUGGACAGCGGGGACGGGGUCACCUGCACCGUGCCCAUCUUCGAGGGGUACUCCCUGCCGCACGCGGUCACCAAGCUGUACGUGGCGGGGAGGGACAUCACCGAGCACCUCACGCGGCUGCUGCAGGCGAGCGGGCGGGCCUUCCCCUGCGUGCUGAACAAGGCCCUGGUGGAAGACAUCAAGGAGAAACUGUGCUACGUGGCCCUGGAGCCGGAGAAGGAGCUGUCCCGGCGGCCGGAGGAGGUCCUGAGGGAGUACAAGCUGCCGGACGGCAAUGUCAUCCAGAUCGGCGACCAGCUGUUCCAGGCGCCCGAGGCCCUGUUUGCGCCCGAGCAGCUGGGCAUACAGAACCCCGGCCUCUCCAAGAUGGUCUCCUACAGCAUCACCAAAUGCGAUGCCGAAAUCCAGAACAUGCUCUACGGGGAGAUCGUGCUGUCCGGGGGCACCACCCUGUUCCAGGGGCUGGACGACCGGCUGCUGAAGGAGCUGGAACAGCUGGCCUCCAAGGGGACCCCCAUCAAGAUCACAGCACCGCCUGACAGGUGGUUCUCCACCUGGAUUGGUGCCUCCAUCGUCACCUCCCUGAGCAGCUUCAGGCAGAUGUGGGUCACCUCUGUGGACUUCAAGGAGUUUGGGACGUCCGUGGUCCAGAGACGAUGCUUCUGAGGGGCCCCACGCAGGGGGUGGCCCCCGAAGGCGGUGAGCUCACCCCUCGACACCAGCAAGGUGUUCAAUAAAAGGCAAAACUGUGCAGUCUUUGGUCACGUCGGGUUCGGUUCAUUCUUG